CGCUUUCGACACACGCAAGGGAAAACCACACACUAAUAUAAAAUACAGUGUAAGAUUCUGCACUUCGCACUCCAGAACAUGAUUCUGGGACGUGUUAGAUACUAUUGAAUAAAGGACAGUAACACGAUUUGGCGGCACUAACAAUUAAAGCAUGGCUCCCAAAGCUCCAGCAAGAAAACAGGAGAAGGGUGAUAAUCAGCCUAAGAAGACCCAGAGUAGUAAAAAUGUAUCCAAGAAAUCUCAAAAACCUUCAAAGUCACUCAAGGCCCUAAAAAGUGUGAAAGGUGGCAAAGUUGUGAAGGCAGGAAACAAAAAGUCCACAGCCUCUCUUAAGGCGUUAAAAGCACAACGGGCCGUCACACUUGGUGCUCACACGAAAGGCAAGAAAAGAGUGAUGUAUACUACGCGAUUCAGGCGACCUAAAACGUACAAACCUCCUCGCUGUCCAAAAGACAGAAGAUUCCUGAUCCCUAAGAGAAACAAACUUGAUGCCUUUCGUAUCAUUCAACAUCCGGUUACAACUGAAGCUGCUAUGAAGAAAAUUGAAGAUAACGACACGUUAGUGUUCAUUGUUGACAGAAGAGCAAACAAACCAGCAAUCAAGGCAGCUGUCCAAGAACUUUAUAAUAUCAAAGUUGCGAAAGUCAACACGCUUAAUUGCCCUAACAACGUUAAAAAAGCAUAUGUGAAGCUACCUCCUGAUUUCGACGCCUUAGAUGUUGCUAAUAGAAUUGGUAUUAUAUAAGUUGUACAAAAAAUACAUGUGACAGUGUUUCGAGAUACUUGUUUUAUUGUAGUUUAAAAUGAAAACAGUUGAAGAGCAAGCAGAAAUAGACGCUCUUAUUAAAUUGAAAGGUGGACCAGAAGAUAAUCUGUCAUGGGAUCCCGAACCAACAUUACCCAUAAUACCAAUGGUUCGAUCACAAUCAUGGGAUUUAAGUACACUUAUAUUUAAUACAUUUUUCUACACUAUUCUCACAAUUAUUAUAUUGGGAAAAGUCGUAAUUAUAUAUCGAAUAUUUUGUAAAUUUUGUAAGUAUCUAUUAAGAAGGUUGAUUUUAAUUGAUACAACCGGUUCAAUGGAACCGGAGGAUUGGAAUAAAAUACAUAUUCAUAAUUAUACGUCGAAUACAGUAGAAUAUAUUCAACAAUCACCUGAAUCAUAUAGGCUUUUCACUGAAGAUUAUAAAGAAUUAUUAAAGAUAUUAAAUUUUAUUGAUGAAUAUAGUCGUGACUAAUGAAUGUUGACAACAGACGAAGCAAUUUUUGGCAUAGAAACUUAAAAACAAAACUGUUCCAUGUUUCUCUUGGUACAUUUUACAGAGAAGUAUCCUCCAAGUUCUAGUGUUAAUUACUUUAAAUUUUGAUUAUUAUUCUCAAUACUAGUCAUAAUUUUUAACUGAAAUUACUACUUAAUACCAUAAGAGAAGUUUUGUGUAUGUGUGUAUAUCUUUGAUGUUCAAAUCGAUCGGAUGUCUGGAAUCGCUCUAAGAGUAAAUCCCUUCAUGAGAUAUAAAUUUGUAACGGUUCAUAUCUAGACUGAAGAUAUGUUGAGUCCCCAGGGAUUUGUAGAACAAUGAGUGCAAGGAAUUCAGGGAAGCAGGUGAACAGUAGAAAGAGUAAGUAAUGACUCAGUACACAUAUAAGAUACACUUAAAUUCAAAAAGUCGAUAACAGUGAGCAAUAAUAAAGGCGUGAGAUUAAGACAAUCUGAUAAUGGAGACUUGUAGUGACAAUUUCGAGGUUCAGUCAUUAGGGUUACAUGUUACUCACCAUAUCAGACAAUAAAGUAACCCGUACGGACAUGAGGUCUAUAGGCUGAGGUUAUCCGCAUUGUUUGUCAUGUUCGUUAAGUAUGUAU